GUUUGACAGGCAGUCGAGGUUGCAGCAGGCAGAGGGAGACGGCGGAAGGUAAGCAGGGAGGCAGCAUCAUGGCGGACAGAGACAGUGGCAGUGACCACGGAGGGCCCGCGGCAGGCCCCGGCUCGCUGCCUCCGGGCGCGAUGGGCGCCGUGUCGCGUCUGCAGCACGACACCGAAGAGCUCGCCUCGAAGCGCGUCGACAUCCAGAACAAGCGCUUCUACCUGGACGUGAAGCAGAAUGCUAAAGGCCGCUUCCUAAAGAUAGCCGAGGUCGGGGCUGGGGGAAAUAAGAGCCGCCUCACUCUCUCCAUGUCUGUGGCCGUGGAGUUCCGCGAUUAUCUCGGCGACUUUAUCGAACAUUACGCCCAGCUAGGCCCGAGCAACCCGGACAUUGUGCAGGAUGAGCCUCGACGCGCGCUCAAGAGCGAAUUUCUGGUACGGGAGAAUCGGAAAUAUUACAUGGAUCUGAAAGAGAACCAGAGGGGGCGGUUCCUCAGGAUCCGACAGACCGUUAAUCGGGGGCCCGGAUUGGGAAGCGCACAAGGCCAGACCAUCGCUCUACCGGCCCAGGGGCUGAUCGAGUUCCGCGACGCUUUGGCCAAACUCAUCGACGACUACGGGGUAGACGAAGAGCCGGCGGAGCUGCCCGAGGGCACCUCGUUGACGGUCGACAACAAGCGCUUCUUCUUCGACGUGGGCUCCAAUAAAUACGGCGUCUUCAUGCGGGUCAGCGAGGUGAAGCCCACCUACCGGAACUCCAUCACGGUGCCGUGCAAAGUGUGGUCCAAAUUCGGCAACACCUUCUGUAAGUACGCGGACGAGAUGAGGAAGAUCCAGGAGAGGAGUAGAGAGAAGCGCGCCUCCGAGCUGCUCCCCGAGGGGCCGCACGGGGGCGACGAGGGAGACGACGACUGACGCGGAGCCGCACGCGGCGGCGGAGGCGGAAAAGAAGAAGAAGAAGAAGAAGAAGAAGAGCGAAAAGAGAUGAUGAAAAAAUACAUGAACCACGCAAACAAAAAACUGAACUUUAAGAAAAAUAACAGACUUUAACUGUAAAAUAGAGACGAGAGAAUUCCAAGGGAAUCACCCCCACCAUCACCACCACCAACAACACUACCACCA